AUGAUUUAAUAAAGCUUAGAAUAAGUUUUUACACUAGAGAGUAGUUCAAACUAUUCAUAAUUAAAUGAAAAAGGAAAAUAUAAUUUUGAAGUAGUUUACUUUGUUGAUGAAUCAUAAAUCUCUUAUUACGAAUUAUAAAAAAACUAAUAUAAAAAUAGAUCAAGAUGGUGCGCUAUGUAUUGUUUUUACACUAUCAUUCUGUAGUUGUGGAAAUUAUGCAACACUUAAUGAUGAUCUAUGUCAAUUUUGUAAAGAAGAUUAUAAAAAGAUAAGAACUUAUCACAAGGCUAGAAUGAUAUGUUUAACAAUUAAUAACUUCUUAAAAAAAUCAGGAUAACCUAUAUAUUUUACAAUAAAUAAAAACAUAAUAACAAAAUAAAAAGCUAAUUUAAAAAAUCUUUAGAACUAUAUUAAGUAAAAUUACGAUGAGAAUAUUUAAUUUAAAAAGUAAAUAAUCUAUAAAAAUUUAAGCUAUUUAUAAAAUAAAGAAUAUUUAAAGAGAUUGAAAGAAAACAAUAAAAUGAAAGCUAAUCCAGAGUUUAUCGUAUACUUUGUAGAAAAAUUACUUUCUAAAUUGUGA